AUGCUGCGCUGGCUGCGGGGCUUCGUGCUGCCCACGGCGGCCUGCCAGGAUGACGAGGACUACUUCAACUACGAGAUCCUCUUCCAAGACCUUGACCGCAAUGGGGACGGAGUGGUGGACAUCACGGAGCUGCGGGAAGGGCUGAAGAACUGGAGCUCUACGUUUGGCCUGCACUCGGAGAAGGACAUUUUUAGAGCUGGAGAUACCAAUGAUGAUUCAGGAUUGGACUUUCAAGAAUUUAUGCAAUACCUUAAAGACCAUGAGAAAAAAAUGAGGCUGGCAUUUAAUAGUCUGGACAAAAAUAAUGAUGGAGUAAUAGACCUUUCGGAACUAAUUGCUGCUUUGGAAUUACUGGGUGUACAUGUUUCUGAAGCUCAGGCAAAAAAUAUUCUGCAAAGCAUUGAUAGUGAUGGAACAAUGACAAUAGACUGGGAUGAAUGGAAGUACUACUUUUUACUUCAUCCGGCAACAAAUAUCAAUGAAAUUGCUGGUUUCUGGAAGCGUUCUACUAUCAUUGACAUAGGGGAGAGCAUAGCUAUCCCAGAUGAAUUUACCGAGCAAGAAAAGCGUUCUGGAGACUGGUGGCGGCGAUUGGUGGCAGGAGGAAUAGCUGGCGCGGUUUCACGGACGUGCACGGCGCCUUUUGACCGCUUGAAACUCAUGAUGCAGGUUCAUAGUUCAGGGUCAAGAAAAAUGAGGUUAAUUGGUGGGUUUGAGCAGAUGGUAAAAGAAGGUGGAAUUCUUUCUCUUUGGCGAGGAAAUGGUGCAAAUGUUUUUAAAAUUGCACCAGAGACUGCUAUCAAGAUUGGGGCCUAUGAACAGUAUAAGAAGUGGCUUAGUUUUGAUGGCGCUAAAAUAGGAAUUAUUGAGAGAUUUAUAUCUGGUUCAUUGGCUGGUGUGACUGCUCAGACCUGUAUUUACCCCAUGGAGGUUAUAAAGACCAGACUGGCUAUAGGCAAAACUGGAGAGUAUUCAGGAAUUGUUGAUUGUGGCAAGAAGCUUCUGAAACGAGAAGGUGUUAGAACCUUUUUUAGAGGUUACGUCGCUAACGUGCUGGGCAUUAUACCUUACGCAGGCGUAGAUCUUACUGUCUAUGAGCUUUUGAAGAAUUACUGGCUGGAACACUAUGCAGGCAACUCUGUAGACCCUGGGAUAAUGAUUUUGCUGGGAUGUAGCACAUUGUCUCACACGAGCGGUCAGAUCGCCAGCUUCCCUCUGAACCUCAUCAGAACACGCAUGCAGGCUCAAGCACUGGAGGAAAAAGGAACAACUAUGAUCCAUCUCAUUCAAGAUGUAUAUAACAAAGAAGGAAAAAGGGGAUUUUUCAGGGGUUUCACCCCAAACGUCAUGAAAGUGCUUCCUGCAGUAAUCAUCGGCUGUGUGACUUAUGAAAAAGUGAAAGGGUAUUUUGGAUUAAUUUAG